AUGCUCGCUACAGACGAUGCAGAUCUGAUCCUCGUAAGAAGAGAUGCGCCGCUCGAGCUCGAUCUCAGUCAAGCGUCUCGAGAUGCCUACGAAACGGCAGUAGCAGUCAAAAGAGGAGGAGCCUCAUCUCGACCUACUUCACAGACCGAUGCAGUCAUCCGACGCUGGAAGGUCCAUCGAGAAGCGCUCAGAGAACAGUUCCCAGCCGGUUGGAACCCAGCUCGUAAGGUUUCUCGCAUGCAAAUGGCAGAUAUCAGAGAACUUCACGCCAUGGACCCUAUUGCCUACGCUACCCCCAUCUUGGCAAACGGGUACAAGAUCUCACCCGAGGCCGUCAGGAGGAUACUCAAGAGCAGAUGGCAACCUGAUCUGGAGCGAGCGGACGAGAUGCAAGCGCAAUGGGAGAAGAAAGCCCGUGACAGGAUGCCAUCCGUUCGCAACAAACGCAACGAAGCGCAAGAACUAGGCCGACUCAUCCCGCUCGAUGGUGCGCCUGGCAGCCGAAGAUCACCAAGACCAUCGCCGCAGGACCGGCGCAGAUCAAACACGCCGACGGAACCUCCUCGCAUGGCUUCACGGCCCUCCGGACAGCAUGCCCGUCGAUAG